UCUUGACGUGUUUUCCAUUGAUAAUCAUAUGAGAGUAUGGACUGGCAAAACAAAAAGGUUCCAAAAGCCGAUCCGUCUCGCAGGAUUAAUACUUGACGUUUUUUUUUCUUUUUUCUCUCAAACAUACAAUAGCUAUAAGGUAUUUAUAGAGUUGUAGUAAAAAAUGAGUUAGUUUGCUUAAUUACAAAACUUUAAAAUUAAUGGUUUUGUAGAUAGGCAAUAACUUCUUUUUUUGGGCGAUAACUAGUCAGGGCCGGGCCUGAAUACAAACUAAUAAAGCAUGUGUUUCAGGGCCCGGACAAGUAUGAUAUUUUAUAGGGCCAAUUAUUAUGUAAAGUGACCACAGCUCUAUUGGUUCGAACCUUAUGAUGUGAUCUCAAGGUAGUGUGUUCGAACCAUGUUGAAGCAAUUUUCAAACUUUUUUCUAUUUUCUGAAAAUAAAGGGCCAAAAAUAUUUCUUUUGCUUCAGGGCCAAUUUUUUUAAGGCACGGCCCUGUAACUAGUUUUAUAUAUUUCGAGUUAGAUUAUUCAAAUCAUAUUGAGCAUCCUAAUUACAAGAAUUAAUAAAUGUGAAACGGUAAUAUUAAUACGAAAAAAAGGUUUGUGAAAGGUCAACUUUGGAAAUACAAACCCGCACCAGAAGUCUAAGAGGCAACAUUUAGAAUAGAAACAACGAACCGAAAAUUAAAUGACACUGAAGCAACCUUUGUGUUGUGACUCUAUGACUAUGUGUGUGUAUAUAUAUGCAUGGUUUAUGAAAUUAUAGUCUUCAGAUGAUAGUAAUGGAGGAUUCAGAAAUAAGAAUAAGACACUACAGUAGCAAACACAAAAUCCUUCUCGUCGGAGAAGGAGACUUCUCUUUCUCACUAUGUCUAGCUUCAGCUUUUGGCUCGGCCACUAACAUCACAGCGACCUCACUCGAUUCAGAAGAUGAAUUGAGCAAAAAAUAUAUGGAUGCGAUGGUCAAUGUAAGCAUGUUGGCAAGAUUCGGGUGCGAUGUCCAGCAUGAGGUUGACGUCCACACAAUGAGCUUUGAUAACAGUCUAAGUCUGCGACGCUAUGACCGCAUUGUGUUCAACUUCCCUCACGCAGGGUCGCGUUUCUUCGGACGUGAAUUUUCCUCUAAAGCCAUCGAGGGUCAUCGAGUUCUAGUGCAGGGGUUUCUUGAGAACGCUAAGGAGAUGUUAGAAGAGAACGGGGAGAUUCAUAUUACACACAAGACAACGUAUCCGUUUAGUGACUGGGAGAUAGAGAGGCUAGCUAAAGCAGAAGGUUUGAAGCUGGCUAAGGAGUCGAAGUUCGAGCGGAGUCAUUAUCCUGGUUAUAACAAUAAGAGAGGUAGUGGUGGACGUGAAAGUGAUAAAUAUUUUCCCGUUGGAGAAUGUUCUACUCUCAUGUUUAUCCAAAAAUGAAAACAUUGAUCCAAAUCCAACGUCAUCUUCUCUAGAUUUCAAUCUAUUUUAUCAUCGUAAUUUAUAAAACUGUUAUAAUUUCUGGUAGUGUUUCUUCA